AUGAGUACGCUUCAAGCUGCGACCUCUAUUGUUCUUCGGACAUCACGAUGCUCAAAUUUACAAGCAGCUCGACAAAUUAGAGUGCAACCACACCUCUUUUCCAGAGUUUUUCCUGACGUUAGUCAGCCUUCAUACUCAAGAUUCUCCUCGCAGACAUCACCUAGUAGCAAAAUUUACUCCUUCGAAGAUGUCAAAUCUUUCAUCGAGAAACCGAAUACAAAUCGCAUCUUAAUCGACAGUCGGGAACCAGGAGAACUGCAGGCUACCGGUACAAUUCCUGGAUCUAUUAACAUACCUAUCACUUCGAAGCCAGAUUCGUUUUUCAUUACCGCAGAAGAGUUCGAGGACAGAUUCGGAUUUGAGAGACCAAGCAAGGAGCAGGAGGUCAUCUUCUACUGCAAGUCAGGGGUAAGAAGUCGUGCUGCGGCAGCAUUGGCGCGGCAAGCUGGCUGGGAUAAUGUUGCAGAGUAUCAGGGAAGCUGGCUGGAUUGGGAUAAGAAAGGAGGUGUAAAGGAGGGUGCAAGGUAG